UUAACGAUCAGCCGAAGUAAAGUCAAUAUUUUUUGCGCACGAAUAUUGACUAUGUAGUUGUUCCGUUGUAAAAUGCACACAAACAGUAAGUCUAAACGGAAUAAUACGCUUUGAAGCUAUAACCAGUUUGUUGCAAGACGUAAAAUGAGCACGCAGGCGUCAACAUCUGCAGGUGUCAAUGAGGCGAGAGGCAGAGGAAGUACUGAAUAUGUCGAGGACUCCAAAAUACACUUCAGAGUAUGCCGGUUUAUCAUCGAGACUGGAGUGAAGUUAGGCAUGAGAUCUGUGCCAAUGGCUACAGCAUGUGUGCUGUAUCACAGGUUCUUCCAGUCUGCCAGUUUGCAGGUCUAUGAGCCUUACCUAGUGGCCAUGUCUGCCAUCUACCUUGCAGGCAAAGUAGAAGAGCAGCAUCUCAGGACAAGAGAUAUAAUCAAUGUCUGUCACAGGUAUUUUCACCCAGACAGUGAACCACUGGAACUGGAUGGGAAGUUCUGGGAGUUGAGGGACAGUAUAGUACAGUGUGAGCUCCUCAUCCUUCGGCAGCUUAACUUCCAAGUGUCCUUUGAGCAUCCACACAAGUACCUGCUGCACUACCUGCUCUCUGUGAGGAGUCUGUUAAAUCGCCAUGCCUGGUCUCGGACCCCCAUCGCAGAGACUGCCCUGGCUGUAUUAAAAGACAGUUACCAUGGCUCUGUGUGUGUCCGCCAUAAGCCUCAACACCUUGCCCUCACCUCCCUCUAUCUUGCUCUCCAGACGUAUGGAGUGCAGCUCCCCAGAGGAGAACUAGAGUGGUGGCAGGUUGUUUGUGCAGACAUCACCAAGACUCAGAUUGAGACCAUCAUGAUUGAAUUGCUGCAUCUCUAUGACAUGGAGGCCAAGUGUACCUGAGGGACAAAAAAAAUGAAACUGGUACUAAAACACUGAUAUGGAAAUGACAUACUGAUCACUUGAGAUCUGUGACACCUGGAUUCAUCCCUCUUUCUUUUGAUGUUGUGAUGUAACCUAAUGUAAGCUCUACAUGUUAAUUACAUCACAGAACAUGAAGGUUUAAAAGGCUCUUCAAGAAUUAAGAAUGAUGAGCGGAAUUUAGAUAUAUAUAGGUACAGGCUUUUUAAGUGGAAGUAUGAAAAUCAGACUUUAGCCACACCACAUCAAUCAAUUCUCAGCCACCGACCUACUUUCUUCUCCUACCUUGUGCUAUUUUUCCCCUAAAGAGGGGGAGAGAAAUUACAAAAGAGAUGAAAUAGCUGGUUUAAGGAAGAAUGAAACAAAAGAAGAGCCAUCCUGCCCCCCGAGCUAAAUUGUGAGGUAAAACGUCGUGAGAUCUGGGCCAUUUCUUUUAUAUUUUCUAAUUUAAUUACUCUCCUCCUCUCCCUACAGAACUUGUCCCAGUAGGCUUCUUUAUGUGGCUCCCAAAAGCAGAAUUACUGUAUGCUGUAAAGCAAAGCACCAUCAUUUUUUUAGACACCAGACUUCUAUUUCAAACUUCAAAAAAAAAAAAAAAAAAACACUGAUGAAAACUUUUCAUAUUCUCAGCUUCUGAUGAACAUGAACUGACAGACGAAUGGUUCCAAGGUCUAUAUUUAAAAAUGUAAUUUCUAAUAAACAUUUUUUGCUCUUGUUUUUUGAAACAGCACCUUUAAA